AUGGUUGGGAGCAUGAUUGCCCCACCGACAACCUUCGCUGAGGCGGGCGUACCGCUCCACACUAGGCUGCUCAGGGCCGUGGAGUCUGAUGGGCAGGCUAUUGCGCCGACGCCGCUGCUCAUUCGGGUGCUGCGCCGAACAGCGUCUGACUUUGCCGAUGUUAUCGUUGACGGCCGCUGCGCAACGGGCACUCAUCAGGUGGGCAGUGCCGCUGCUGUUUGGGUCCACAACGAAAAGGUUAGAGCUAACGCCUCGUCAGCAGCGGGGCUCUCUUCAACAUUGCCACAGCAGAGGACAAAGGGGAGCAGUCCCUCAUCUCGGGGCGCCACAGACGCGGACGGCAGCUGUGCGAUGCCGCUGUACCGCACCGAGGCGGCGCUCAGCGAGUGCCGCUCACUUCUUGUUCUGUACACACUGCACUGCCUCCUAAGUGCUACUCAGGAACCGAAUUUGGACGCUGGCGGCGGCAGCAAUGCUCAUGUCCGCGCGGAUGCGGAUGGUCGUGUGCAGGAGGUGCCACUCGCCGCGCGUAACUGGGCACCGGAAGUGUCCAUCGUCGUUGCCGAGACCGAGGCGAGUGCGGUGGAGCUGCACCGCAUGUGCACCUCUCUCGGAGAAGCCUGCGGGCUGCGUUUGAAUACUGUGUUGCAGAAUGGUAACGAGCCCCCCGCAUCCCUCGUGCUGUCGCCUGCUAUGUCGACAGAGAAGAACGCGGCGAAUCCUGAGGUCAGCGCAGCACCAGCUGCUGAGAGCGAAGCCGAUAAUGAUGAAGACAGCGGCGGUAGAAGCAGCAGCGCCAAGAAAACGACUUCAGCGGGUGAGUGGCCGUACUUAGCUUCCAUCGUUGUAACAACUGCGCACGGGUUUCUGAGCUGGAACUUAAGUGCGCUGCUGAACGCUGGCGUGGACGUCGCUGUUGCCGGCAGUGGUGCAGCCAUGGCGGAUGCCGAUUCGGCGAAGGACGCGGUCAACACGGGUGCUACAGCGGCCGCUGCGGCUUCUUCGAGUCCUCACAUGCGGCGCGUGCACCCCCACAUUGUAUCGGUUGUGGUGGAGGAGAUGGGAGGGGCGAGUGUGACCUCUCCGAUGGGGGUCGAUAAGGCAGUGCAACAGUGGCGCGAGGUAUACCACACCCUGUACGCGACGGUGCUGCGGCAGAACUCGCGCUACGCUUCAACGGCGCACCUGCACGCUCACUAUAUGUGGGUCUGCCGCGGACCCGUCUCUCACCUGCCUGCGUCGCUACGGCAGUGCUUUAGCCGGCGCAGUCGGCGGUACUACCAAAUCCAGCCCUCAACGUACAUUAGUCCCUUGACCGUUUCCCUCAUGCCGCACCCGCACGAGGGGCUGAGCUCGCCAGCUGAGUCGCUUGGCAUACGCCUCGUAUUGUCGCAGAGUCAGCUCGACAAGGAGGCGCAGCUGCGUCGCAUCGUGACGGACCGAAGCGGUCUCUUUCACCGUGUGCUGCUGCUCACGCACAACAAGGAGGUUUCCCAGCUCAGUGCGCUGAUCACCAGCUGGGGCGUGUCAAAGGAGGCGCCCACCGCAUCAACGGUGUCGGCCUCCUCCUCCAACAGUGUUGUGUUCACCCGACGCAUGGACAGCUUAGGCGCUCAACAGCAGUGCCACACAGCAUACCUGCAGAGCUGCGAGGCGGCGGAGCAGGUCUUGCCAACCGCGGCGUCGUCGUCGCCACCACCAUACUCCUCCCCUGUCGUCGUCACUCUCGUUGCGUGGGACGCGCUAACGUCACUCGACAUAAUGGACGUGGACGUUAUUAUCCAGUAUUACCCUCCUCAGAAGUCGCUGACAGACCAGGAGUGGGCGGAGUUUAUCCAGGUCCUGCACACCACUGUCGACGGGGAGCGCGAGAUCGAGCUUUCGCUUCGGCAAAACCGCAACAUCAAGGAAGAGACCAUUCAGGAGAAGCUUCAGCAGCUGCGGGAGUACACUACUACGAGAGCAGCGGAGAGAUCUGAGCCACCGCAGCGUCCGCUGCCGGUGCUUGUGACCCUGAUGUUGGCAGCGGACUUUACCCUCUCUGCUUACUUUCUUCACCAAUACAUGUACAGCGGUGCGACCGGCACCCUGACCCGCGCCGCCACGGCUACGUCGCUCGCGUCCACCGGCCCGGCUCCUGGCCGCCCGGGUGCGCAGGAGCCCGUUGAGUAUCCGGUUCCGGUGCUAGACAUCUCUCCCAAGCAUCCAUACUUUAUUCCACUAGUUUGCGGUCACACCGGUGACGUCGAGUGGCCAGCAACGGCACCUGGUUCACCGCCGCGACCGCGCGCCGUCACGGCUGGCGUCAGCGGCACUGAAGCAGGCCUUGUGUCAACGCUCACGUCAGGCGAGGUGAUUACAGUGAAGAGAGUCCUGGUGGCGAAGUUGCAGAAGGAGCAACGGCGGCUCGACUCCUUCGCCAACUUAUCGGGCACGGGUUCUGAGACUAACGGCAUGGGCUUCUCAGGAAAUUUCUCUGUUGCUGCCACCCCGUCAUCGGCGCAGCUCUUGGCGCAGGGUAGGGUUACUGUAGCUGGCACCGCUACCAGUGGGGGGAGCGCCAGACUCAACUCCACCGGCAGCAGCGGUAGUGCCGCUGGAAGUCGAAGAGUCAGCAGCGCUGAGCGCAACUCCUUCACAAAGUUGGUAAGAAAUGCUGGAGUAGCUGCGAUAAACUACGCAGCCAGCCCCACCACCGGCGCCAGCGACGUGCGAGCAAAUAGCCGCGCAGGCAACAGUGCGAGCACUGGUGCGGUGGGCGGUGGUGGCGGCAACAAGAAUAACAACCAGCGUCAGCAUCAGCAGGGUGGGGGCGGUGGUGGCAAGGAGCUCCCUUUAUCCGCUCCAAGUAGCGGUGGCGGUCGCAAUAGAAGUGGCAACAGGAACGCACGCCUCUCGGCACCGCAGAACAGCAGUACUGGGGACCGCAGUGGCAACAAUGGGAAGGACGGCAUCAAUUCGAGAAGUAACGGCGGCCUGAGCAGCAGCAACGGUGGUGGUGGCGCCUCCUCCAACACCUUCGCCGCUGCUGCUGGCGUCGCCAAGACAUUAGGCAGCGCAGCCGCGCCUGGAAGCGCUGGGCGGAGUGACAGUGGCAGCAAGGAGGACGGUAAGGGCAAUACGAUGGCACGCAGUCUGUCAACGAGCAAGUCCGCUGCCUUGGACUCUAGUGCGGCUUACUCUGGGGCGAAAGGUGUUGACAGCAGUAGUGGCGGUUAUGGGAAAGUUAGCGCCAACAAGCGUCGCUCCCGCAACACGCGAGCAAAAAAGAAGCAACAACAGCAGCUAUCAUCAUUGAGUUAA